AUUGAUGUCCAAGAGAUGGAUGCAAUAGUGUCAAGUUUUAAUGCUUUUGAAACUAAGGAAGCAGACCCAUUAAUUCUAACAUGGGCAGUGUUUCUUUGUCUCAUUUCAUCACUUCCAGGAAAAGAAGAAAACAAUGUUCUAAUGGAGAUUGAUCAUAUUAGCUAUGUUCGUCAAGCUUUUGAAGCUGCAUCUUUGAGAUUUUUUCAUGAGAUCCUCGAGAGUGACUUAUUAAAUGAGUCAGAUGGUCCUGUUGCUGGUUAUCGAAGUGUAUUGAGAACUUUUAUUUCUGCAUUUAUUGCAUCUUAUGAGAUCAAUAUUCAAGUAAUUAGAUUAAGUAUCUUGAAUGACCUCAAGUUGUUUAUUUUAUUUAUAUUAAUAUUUUCUAUUUUGUCUAUGUUGCAGCUAGAAGACAGUACCCUUAAUUUGAUAUUGGAUAUUCUUUGCAAAGUUUAUUUGGGAGAGGUUUGGCUGCAUAAUGAUUGUCUUUCAGGGUCAUUUAUUGAUUAUUUGGUUGAUUUUUCAUUGGUGGUUCUCUUAAAGUUGACAUUUUUCUUUUCCUUUGUAGUUUUUUUAUUGGAUUUAUUGCUUUAAAUUUUUCAGGAAUCACUUUGGAGUCAGUUUUGGGACAGAGAAAUUUUUGUUGAUGGUCCUAUUCGGUGUCUUCUUUGAGGACUGUGGAACUUAUUCGCCUUUUAUCAUCCCUAUCUGAAGGAACUUGGCCAGAUAAUGUGUGUAAGUUUCUUUAUUUCUUUACAUUGGGUUGAGGAUUC